ACAGACGUGUUUUGAUGCUGCGUCAGUCUUCUUCAUACUGCAUUGAAUAUUGUUUAUUUAUUUGACGACCGCGAAAUAAGUAUAGGCACUCUGUUGUUCGAAAUAAAAUCAGCUAGUACAUAAUUUAUUCAUUGAGUUAACUAGCAAAGUUUAAAGAAUGGGUGAACGCUACAACAUACACAGCCAGUUGGAGCAUCUCCAGUCCAAGUACAUCGGUACAGGUCAUGCAGAUACAACGAAAUUUGAGUGGUUAAUGAAUCAACAUAGAGACUCGUGCAGUUCGUAUAUGGGUCAUUAUGAUUUAUUAAAUUUUUUCUCCAUUGCCGAAAACGAGGCUAAAGCAAGGGUUCGUUUCAAUCUCAUGGAAAAAAUGUUGCAACCUUGUGGGCCACCCCCAGAAAAACCAGAAGACUAAUCUGUAUUACUGUACAUUAUUUAUUCUUUGUAUAAGCAUUUGUAUUAAAAAAAAAAAAAAAUAAUCGU